AUGUCAGAACGAAUUCGCUUUGUCGCACAUGGUGGGAUCGUCCAAGGCGUGGGCUUCCGUUAUUUCACCCAGAAGCGAGCCCGGGAAUAUGGCGUCACGGGAUGGUGCCGGAACACGGAUGACAACAAGGUUGAGGGCGAAGCACAGGGUUCCAUCGAGGCCAUGAAGCAGUUCCUCCAGGCCGUAGAUAAGGGCCCGAGGCAUGCACAUGUCGUCAAGCUGGACAAGGAGGGUCGUGAUCUUGUUGAAGAUGAGUCGGCUUUUGAAAUUCGCCAUUAG